AUGCUCAGAUGGCGUUCUGAGGCGACUGAGGCGACUAUGCGUCGAUCCGGGCGACCACGGUUGCGACUGCGACUCCCGCUCGUCACCCUUUUCCUCCUUGUCCUCCUACCCCUCUCCCUAGGGCAGGACCAAGCCGGGAAUACCGGAACCGAGACGUCGACGUCGACAUCGAGCACGUCGUCCGCCUCGGUCUCGUCCUCCACCGUCCGAACCUCCCCGACCUUCCUCUCCCGCUCCUCUUCUAGCGGAACCUCCACUGCAACAACCACCAGGUCGGCGUACGAAGUCGCGCCGACCGUGCUCCUCGCCGACGAGGGCGUGACAUACAACUUUACGCUGAACCGAACAGCACCGGCGUUCCUUGCGCACUUUGCGAACAACGUGACGGACCGCGCGCUCGGUGUCAUCCUCAAUAUCGGGCAGCUGGCACCUAACGGCUCGGAGCCGCUCCCAAAAGUCAUCGUCACGACCGAGGACAAUUACCUCCCUCACGACGGGCGGCGGUCGCGCACCUCUGGCGGCAGCGCGCGUACGGGAUACAACAUUGGCGAGGGGAACAGCUGGCAGAUUGUGUGGGAUAACGGCUUUGGGAACUGGACGCACGGGGUCGACCGGAACUGGAACGUUGCGAACCACAGUGCGGUCGCACCACGCCUCCUCAUCGGGCGCGGGAUCAACGACGAUGUCAUCCUCGACCCCACACUCAUCGGCGCAGGGAACGUGACCGUCUACCUGGGAUACACUGUGCUGGACACACCACCGGGUGGAUACUUUGACUACACCAAAGUCGGGGGCAUCGAUGCGACACACCCGUACUUUGGCGAUUCGAGUGCGACCGAGGCCCUCGUCUUUUCUCCCCUCCGUCUAGCGGACAAACCUCCCCAACCCAAGUACCCAAACUAUACGCUGCCGGGGCCCGAGCUGUCUCUUCCCGACUUCAAGGCGAUCCUGAACGGGAGCGAGGCGGCGAACAACAAUACGUUCCUCUUCGGCGGGCGUGCACAGUCCGUGACCUUUGUCGUGCUCCCGACGUCAUCGACACCGUCCGAGUUGAGCAAUAGCGCUGCCGCGAUCAGAGCGGAAGUCGCGCUCCUCCCACCCGCGGACACGCCGACAGUGAACAGCAACGGAAGCAUGUGGACAACGGUGGGCGGCACCGCCGGGUUCCGAGACUACGUGGUUUUCGGCAACCUCAAGCCCAGCACCAACUACACGGUAUGGGCGGUCGGCGCGGACGGCAUCACAAUGUCGCAGCCCGCGUGGUUCACGACUAAGCAGGCGACCUUCCGCUGCCCGCUCCUCCUCCCGACGACCAUGUGCCCUGGCGUGGGAUAUGCCUCGCCGCUCUCCGAUAGCCCGAGUACGCUCUCGGCCAUUCCGCAAGAGUACGCCGACUUCAUCGCCGCUAGCCUGCAAGCGUUCGAGGUCUCGGUGCUCACAGGUGCCUGCGGGCGCGACCGGUACUCGUUUGUGUCGGACUGCGCCGACUGUUACGCGGCCUACCGCGAGUGGUUGUGCCGUCUCGUACUGCCCCAAUGCGCUGGCGACGACGUGGCGUUUGUCGAUGUCGAUCCCAGCGGCCCGCAAUCCCCAUACCGCCUCGACCGGACACUCGAGUCUCCGCGCAACACCAAUAUCUCGAGCAGCACGGGAACCCCAACAUACCCUAUCGACUAUUUCGAGCUCAUGCCGUGCAUCAAUACAUGCACGCGUGUCUCGCAGCUCUGUCCCUCCUCACUGCAAUGGAACUGUCCCCGGCGCCACUUCAACGCUAAUGAGAGCUACGCCUUCGUAACAGGCAACAACGCCCUGGGUGACGGGUCAGCGAACACUGGCUGGCCAGCAACAGAUGUAUAUGGCAACAGGUGGUGCAACGGUCUCCUCUAA